AUGGUUGCUAAGGAGAGCAUUAAAUCAGUAAAUGAUGCUUGGCUUACUGAAUGGACGCAGGGUGAUACUGGUAAAGAUCAACCACAUGUUAGUGAUAAUCAAUCGUCCAAUAAAUUGUUACCUACUGAAGAUAAUUCGAAAAGAAAUGGGCACGCGAAUCCGGAUGAUACAGAAGCAUAUAAUGGCGAAAUUAUGGAUGAUAAAUGCAAUCAUGACAACGCUCAGCAUUAUUGCUACAGUGAUAAAGAUGGUUCGGAGGAAGGAGACUUAAACGAUGUGUUACCGAUACCACCAGACGGUGGUUAUGGAUGGGUGAUCGUAUUUGCUGCAUUCAUGUCAAACUUUGUGGUUGAUGGUAUCGCUAAUUCGUUUGGUGCCUUUAUGAGUAUUUACCAAGACCAUUUCAAUGCAUCGAAAGCUUUGGUUUCGCUAAUCGGUUCCCUAUUGAUCGGUUGUUAUUUGCUGAUCGGACCAGUUGCCGGUGGAUUGGUGAAUAAAUAUGGUGCUCGAAUGGUCGUCAUAAUUGGUUCAUUUAUAGCCGGUUUAUCGUUUUUGGUUUCAAUAUUUUGUUCGAAUAUCUACAUGUUUAUGAUUUCCUAUGGAUUUCUU